UUUCAGCGUUUCAUGGUUUCCAUGGUGACGCUUUAGCGGUCCCAACAACUUUUCGACGGUCUUUUACAACCUUUUUUUCCUCCCAUUUUGACCAAACACGUGUUGUAAAACAAUUCCGUUGAAAGGAGGGAGACAAACUGAAGGCUCACCAUGGUACGCCUGACCAUAGAGCUGAUAGCAAAGUCCAGAUACAACUUUAAGAAAAAAAUAGGCCUCUCUUUCCAGGACUACCUAAGGACCCUCACGCACCUUCAUUUCUCUGGAUACAACAUUGAAGACAUCGGCGACCUCUCCGAAUGCCGCAACCUGAGCGUCCUCUACCUAUAUGACAACCGUGUCACGCACAUCCAUAACUUGGACUUUGCUCACAACAUGACUCAUCUGUACCUGCAGAACAACAACAUCACACGCAUUGACAACCUGUCCCAUCUGCGCAAACUCUACAAACUCUUCCUGGGAGGUAACAAGAUCUCAAUGGUGGAGGGCUUGGAGAACCUAGGCGAGCUGGAGGAGCUGCACGUGGAGAGUCAGAGGUUGCCCCCUGGGGAGAAGCUGCUUUUCGACCCCAAGACCCUGCGCUCCCUGGCCAAAACUCUGUGUGUCCUCAAUGUCAGUAACAACAACAUGGAUGAAAUCCGCGACCUGGCUGUGCUGAAGGAAAUCCAGCAUUUUUCCGCCUUUGACAACAAGCUGUACAACGUGCAGGAGCUUGAAGAUGUGUUGGGGUCCUGGCCUUUGCUCAUUCAAAUGGAUCUACGGGGAAAUCCUGCGUGUAAAACCGCCAAGUACAGAGACCGACUGAUCAUGGCGUGCAAAAGACUCCAGGUAUUAGAUGACCGCGACAUUAAGGAGGUGACCAGACAGUUUCUUGUCAACUGGAAAGCAUCCAAAGAAGCCAAGAAGAAGAAAAAGGAGACGGCAGCGUUAAAGCCUGCGCCGUUAACAAAGAACGGCAGCAUGGGUCAGGUUGGACCUCCGCCGCAGCCUCACAUCUGCUGCCAUGCACGCGCAAGGCUGGAAGCAGCAGCAGCAGCAGCCGCCUCAAAGGGUGCAGCAGUUAAAAAGCUUCCUGCACAGACAGCCCAGCUACAUAACCGUCACAUCAGGCUCAUGUAAAAAAAAGAAAACAUUUCGAUGGAGGGACUAACUUUUUCUCACAUAAAAAGCACCUUAAUGCUGUUUUGUUUUUAAAUAUCAUUUACUGAUAGAAAUGCCACAUUUCUGACAAUGUGUCUAUGUUCUUGUAUGAAUUUUGUCUUAAUUGAAAUCAUAAAUGGCAAAUUGUGACACGGGCAUCCAAAUGUGAGCGAGGUAAUUAGGCAAAUAAGCUUAUUUGACCUUCCUCUACUUAGCUGGCGAAUGAGUAGCCCUGCAGGAUACUGUUACUCAGGCCUUACAAAAACAAAACCUUUUCUCCCCUGUUGGGGCCAUUUAGUAUGAAAAAGUUCUCUCAUUGCUGGAAUUACAGUUAUGAUACAGUAAGAACAAUGUUUAGGGGGCAUUUUUACAGCACUAAACUUUUGCAUAGCUAAUUAUUUUCAUUUAACAUACCAUUCAUCAGGAAGUCUCUGGAGAAUUCUCAUUGUUGAUUGCCCCCCAAAAAGUUUUUUUUUUAAAUAUCACCUCUUCAACUUGUCUUCACGGUCUAUUGCAAGAAACCUUUUGAUGGACAGGCCUUUCAUCCUCAGUGACUUAAGAAGGGAAGAAAAGAGGGUGGGCAUUUUCUUAUAGGCCCACGAAGGCAGCCAAUUAGAAUGUGACUGCGGCCUGAAGCAGUAAGAGUGGAAAAGGAAGGGAACUCAGCCCUCAAGACUCAAACACCCAGAGAAAGAGAAGAGGAAAAGUCCAGUCACACUGGGAGGUGAUUAAUUAAUUUGUGAAAUCAAUUCGAGACAAGCCUUUUUUUUUUACCCAGGUGAAGCAUCCUGAUUGUGGAGACAAUUAAGGGCCUUUUUUUUUUUCCAAUGGUGGUAUGCUGGCUUUGAUGAAGCCUUGUUGGAGAACUUCAGGUGGGUCUUGACUCUUGAUUUUGGACAUGAUUAGGCUAAUCUUUUGUACAAUUACGGGUCAAAUUGGCCCAUGUCAUACUGUAUCGUUCCUUAGUAGGACCAUAAAGUAGAAUUGGGUAUGAAUUGUUGUGUGUUUACUCAACAUUAUAUAAUACAGUGCUUAAUUCUAUUUUUAAAUCAGCUAGUCAAUUUAAAUUAAAAGGUGUCAUGAGCAUUUAUCUUGCUUACUUUCUGUUUGGAUAUGUAAGCAUUACAAAAUGUUAACGUGCACAUUUUGUUUGAUGAAAAUAUUGAUGGCUAAUUUUUUGGUCAAUUUGACUAAAUUUGUGCAUUUGAGAAACUGCCUACAACUUGUCAAUGCUAUCGUAUAACUCAUUGAAAAAGUUUGAAUAUUGUUUAAAAUGUAAGAAAAACGAGUGAAUUCCACAUAUAAUUUUAAAUGAGCUGAUUAUUGUUUUGAUGGGUGAAAUUGCAUGUAACAAAAACGUGUGGUACAGUAUUACAUUGAACUCAUAUGCAACAAUGCAGUUUCUCAUUAAACUCUUAU